AUGGAUCAACCACAACAGCAAGGUGACCUGAACUGGCGCCUUAGCGCCCAUCCGAUCACGCUACUUGUCUUCUUGGGAAUCCGCAUUGGUGCUUUGCUGAUGUAUCUCUUCGGGCUCCUUUUCAUUGACAACUUUAUCCUUGUGUUCAUCCUGACCCUUCUUCUUCUCUCUGCGGACUUUUAUUAUCUUAAGAACAUUGCUGGGCGGCGUCUUGUGGGCCUACGGUGGUGGAACGAAGUCAAUACUGCUUCCGGCGACUCACACUGGGUCUUCGAAUCCUCUGACCCCAAUGUUCGCACCAUCGCUGCCACCGACAAGCGCUUCUUCUGGCUGAGCCUGUAUCUGGCACCCGCUUUGUGGGUGGGACUGGCUAUUCUAGCUAUUGUGCGACUGGUCAGCGUCAUCUGGCUCAGUCUGGUUGCUAUUGCGCUUAUUCUCACAAUUACAAACACUGUUGCUUUCUCUCGAUGUGACAAGUUCAGCCAGGCAACCACAUUCGCCAACCGGGCCCUUGGUGGCGGAAUUGUGAACAAUCUUGCAGGUGGCCUGCUGGGCAGGUUCUUCCGGUAA